GCCCCUCCUGGCCUAGGCCGCGGCGACCUCCGAGGCCAGCCCGGCACCGACGCCGUGCGGGGCUUCGCACACCGCGGGAAACAACUUGAAGCAGCUUCAACCUGACCUAUUCAAUGGAUACUGUUGAUGCAGAAAAUGCAAAAUGAAUGCCUUGCAGUCACAAAUAGAGUUCCAGUCUGCCUUCUUCUACCUAUAUGAUUUCUCAGCCCAACUUGUCCAUCUGCAAUGUCAGUUUCAGGUAUAUGAACUGAUGUACUGAUUCAGUUGCCUGGCCGUCUAACUGCAUAUCUCAUUCUGGACAAUAGGCAUUUUUCAUCCUUUCUUUCCCCUGUAUGGAAGCUCCGUAAUGUUCUGCGGCUUGAUGUAAUCAACACAAUAUUAUCCACAAACAGGAACAUCAGAGCACCUCACUGUCCACUUUUACUCUGUAUGGAACAUCUUCCAUGACAGUGACAUGUACCGUUAGUGAGCAUCCCUCUUAUGUUUUAUGCUUUGUUUGAUGUUCAUAAUUGAAGUGUUGUUUAUCAGCGUAUCUCUGAUUGCAUUGAAGAAAUUUUCUGUUAACAUACUUAUGAGAGACUCCUCAUUGGAAGAGAGCCCUUAAGUAGUGGUGUUCUAGUCUGUGAAGUCAAAACCUUCUUUAUUGUCCAAAAAAACCCCAAAUACAGUGGAAUCUUGUUGUCUCUGUACUUUUCAGGCAAUUGGGUGACUCAAGAUAUGUGGUGUAUGCUGUAGGAAAUCUUUUGUGAAUGCUGACAGGUUCAUAGUUUUAAAGUUCUUGUGAUAUAUGUGUAGAUCAUUCCUGCAAAGACCUCAUAGCAGUAGUGUGUGUUUCUUCCUCUUUUGGUUCAUGUCAUUUUGUCCUUCCUUGUGACUUGAAUUGGAUUUUUGUUUGGCCUUGAGGGACCCAAGGGGCAGUAUACAUUGGGGGUGAGGGUGUUAGUCAUGGAGUCGAGACUGAGCGAGAGCGGUGCAGAGGCUGAAGAAGUGAGGAAAGAGGGGCAGCUGGCCUCCGAGGCCAAAGUCCACUUCAAAGUGACACGGUUCAUCAUGGAGGCCGGUGUCAAGCUAGGGAUGCAAUCCAUUCCAAUUGCCACAGCCUGCACCAUUUACCAUAAAUUUUUCUGUGAAACCAAAUUAGAUGCCUAUGACCCUUACCUCAUCGCCAUGUCAGCCAUCUACUUGGCAGGUAAAGUGGAGGAGCAACACCUCAGGACAAGAGACAUCAUCAAUGUCUCUCACAGAUAUUUAAAUCCCAAGAGUGAACCUUUGGAGUUAGACUCCUGGUUCUGGGAACUGAGGGACAGCAUUGUUCAGUGUGAAUUACUCAUGUUGAGAGUUUUGCAUUUCCGGGUCUCCUUCCAACAUCCCCACAAAUAUCUACUCCACUACCUUAUUUCUUUAAAGAACUGGAUGAACCGUCAUAGCUGGGAGAGGACUCCUGUCUCUCUGGCAGCCUGGGCGCUGCUUCGAGACAGCUAUCACGGAGCAUUGUGCCUUCAGUAUCCUGCCCAGCACAUAGCUGUAGCAGUACUCUAUCUUGCCUUGCAGUGCUAUGGAGUGGAGGUGCCCGCCGAUUCCGAGGCAGAAAAGCCAUGGUGGCAGGUCUUUAGUGAAGACCUUACCAAGCCAGUCAUUGAUAAUAUUGUGUCUGACCUGAUUCAGAUUUACACAAUGGACACAGAAAUCCCUUAAUUGCUCUAGGGCCAUCCAAGGAGAAGUACAUAUUUGCUUUGUCUGAGGGCUGGAUUUGACCCAGUAAAAUGGGUCCCAACUUAAAAAAGUUGACAAGUCAGAGGGACCAGCUUUGCAUUAGCAAAGAGGAAAGAACUAAGCUUUCUGAUUGCUCUUUGGUAUCUAUGUGGUGACUCCCUGAGCAGGUUUGGAGCUCAUGUUUGGAUAUGAAUACGUCCAUGUUGAAAAAGGAAUGUACUGGUGUUCAACUGCCUUUUGCACCUUAGGAAUUUUUUGAAGAUGAACCUUUUCAAUUUGGUACAGACUGUAUUCAGGCAUCUCUUCAUUAAAACAAAAGCCAAAAUAGAAUACUUGAUUGUACCCUUUGGGAUAUCUUUUCAAGCCAUACAUAAGCUUAACCUUCCAACAUAAGUGAACAGUAUUUUAUUUGGCAUAAUAAAAGAUAAACAAAAUUUUUUUUUAAUGUGAAAAUAGGCAUAUAGUUUAAGAGUUUUUAGUGUUCUGUGGACCACAUUGGGGGUAGGGGGUAAUAUUAGACAUAAUUUUUUUUUCCACUUUGUGUUAUCUUCCUCUCCCUGAAAUAUAUUAUAAAAUAUGAUCAUCUUUUCAACACAAAUGUUAUUCAAAGGAUCCUUUAUGUUCAAAAUCUUGGAACGCCUUGAUCUCUAAAGAAUCAAAGUUUUCCAGUAACCCUGGGGGCAAAUAAGUAGGUAGUGGGGGAAAGUAUGCCUAUUUUCGAUGAGGACUGUGUGCAAAGAAUAGUGUAAAAGAAAAAACUAUGAUGGACCUGUCAUGUAGGGAGUAACAGAAAGACGACAUAAGUGACGAACUGGUACCCACAUAAUGUAAAAAAACGGAGAAAGGCCUCUAGCGUACUAGGUAGCUGUGUAGAGCAUCUCUAUGAGAGACACAGGAAAAGAAUCAGAGGAAGAGACAGUAGAGAAGGGUUGCUAUCAGCACCAUAAAGGGAAUGCCCUCAUGGAUGAGAUCAUGGAUUGAUUGAAGUGUUGGGAGAGUAGCAAAACACUUACAGUUAAGGAACCAGGGCCAUAUUGCCAACAGUUGGCCAAAAGAAACAAUUCAUCUUAAGAUUUUCACUUAUGUCAUUUCUAGAACAAAUCUGCUGUUUAUAAAAUCCAUUUGUUGGUUUCCUAAUAAAAUAAUUUUUUCAUGGUUC